CGACAAUCGUGUCAACGCGGGGUUCCCGUAGCAAUGAACCCGUAUCUAAACUCACUGCUCUACUUACAGUUGUCACAAAGGCCUGGUGGAUGCAUUCAAGCAUUUAGUCGAACAAACUCAGAAUGAAGAAGGCCAUUCAGAUCCAGGCCUCAAUGCAAGGGCGAACAGGUUCAUUUCAAGCUCGUCUAUACCCAUUUCAACCCUUGAAGGCUGCGUGCCCAGCCAGCCAUCAUUUGCAGUGCCUUAUCAAGCCAAGGAACAUAUUUGAAGAUCUGAUAACCACGCUGGAAUAAACCUAUCACAGAACUAUGCCUGGAAAGGUCAUCAUAGAUGGAGAGGUUGGUAUGGAAAUGAUACAAGACGUUUCUGAAGAUGCUGCCCCCAGAGACGGUACAGAAGGCAGAGGAAAGUGGAGCAGACAUCUUGAUUAUAUUCUGUCGAUGGUGGGCUUCUGUGUUGGGUUCGGCAACUUGUGGAGGUUCCCGUACGUCUGUAACAGGAAUGGCGGAGGAGCCUUCCUCAUCCCAUAUGUGCUGUUUCUCAUCAUCACUGCUUUCCCAAUGUUCUUCCUGGAGGCAUCCAUCUCUCAGUUCUCAGGAAAGGGAACGGUUCAUGUGUGGAGCUUUUGUCCAAUGUUAAAAGGGGUCGGUGUUGGUGCCACAUUAGUUACAGCGUUCGCGAUACCAUAUUACAACAUCCUCCUGGCCUGGCCCAUCUACUACAUGGUGAAGUCCUGCUCUAGCGUCCUGCCCUGGACGACUUGUGGCAACAGUUGGAACACUGAUCUGUGUGUUGAAGAUGCGAGGAACAGCACCUAUAACAUUACAGUACUGACAGGCAAUGCAUCUGAUCCAAGGACUGUAGCAGAGAUGUGGGACAAUGCCACGCUAGCUCACACAGCGACUGAAGAGUUUUGGCAGUACAACGUGCUGAAGGUGUCAAGUGGCUUGGAGGAGGUUGGGAAUGUCCAGUGGCCCAUCGUAGGGUGCCUGUUUGCCUCCUAUGUUAUUAUGUUCCUCUGUUUGUGUCGUGGAGUCAAGUCUGUGGGCAAGGUUGUAUAUGUGACAGCACUGUUGCCCUAUGUACUCCUGACCAUUAUCUUUAUACGGACACUCAUGCUGCCUGGCAGUGGGGCUGGGGUUUUAUAUUACCUCGUACCAGACUUCAGUAAAUUGCUACACAUUCAGGUAUGGUUGGAGGCGUGUCUUCAGGUGUUUUAUUCUCUGGGACCAGGUUGGGGUAUGAUUGGCACUCCUGCCAGCUACAACAAGUUCCACGAACCCUGUCUGAGGGAUUCCAUGAUACUGAGUGCAAUAUCAGAAGGAACAAGUAUGUUUUCUGGUUUGGUAACGUUCGCAGUCCUUGGAGUGAUGUCAGAGAAAACCGGAGUUCCAAUUGCCGGAGUAGUUUCCAGUGGUCCAGGAUUGGGAUAUGUAACCUACCCCGAGGCUCUCAGUCAACUUCCAUUUCCUCAACUGUGGUCAUUCAUGUUUUUCCUGAUGUUGUUAACCGUUGGACUAGAUUCCCAGUUUAUGGGGCUGGAGGUCGUCACCACUGCCAUUGUGGACCAGUUUCCUCGAAUGCUUGUCAACAAGCGGUACCUGGUGACUGGCGCUGUAUGUCUGCUGGACUUUCUGUUUGGAAUUUUGCUUUGCACUCAGGGAGGACCAUACAUCUUCCAGCUAUUGGACUGGUACAUCAGUGCCUUUUCUGUGUUUGUGUUCUGUACUCUGGAGUGUGUUGCAGUUGUGUGGAUAUACGGCAUUAAGCAAAUCAGUACGGAUAUUGAAAUGAUGCUUGGAAAACCCCUGGCAAGACCAAUGCGGAUCCUUUGGGCUUUUGUGACACCAGCAGUGCUGAUUGCUACUUUGAUCCUAACACUUUUACGUUACGAACCACCGACCUACGGCAAGUACAAGUUCCCUGCCUACGCCAGUACCAUAGGGUGGUUCGUUGCCACAUUCACGCUCAUCCCUCUGCCAGUCUUCAUGGUCAUAUCUGUGAAGCAGCACCUGAACCAAAAGUCAGUAAGAAAGAUCAUCCAUUCUGCCAUGAGACCUGAUGACAAGUGGCUGCCAUCGGAUGUGCGCUACAGGAAGGCAUACCGAGAAAACAUAGUGAAGGCAAAUUAUUCCAUGAGAAAUAACAUAAAAGAUAUUUUCGAAAAAUAAGGCGUCAUUGACUACAUGGCAUUGAUUACAGGCUAUGUACACCAAGUUUGAAUCCUACCAUGAAUGAAAAAUUGUGUUCCAUUGGUUUGGUAUUGUGUAAAUGGUGCAGAAGGUAUGUUUAUUGCUGUUUAUAUUACUUCCAUAUCUUAUAACUAGCGGGGGCACGGGUGGCCCAGUCGUCUGAGGCGCGCGACUCUCUGUGCAGAGUUGCGUCCCUUGGGCACGCCAGAAACCUAUGAUUGUAGGUUCGAAUCCCGGUUCGCCCCGAUUAUGUUU